AUGGAAAACAAAGCCAACAACAGCAGUAGUAACCAAACAGCUAGAAACAGUGACAGCAACUGCAGCAGCUCUCGCUCUAGCAGUAGUUUCAACCUAACUGGAAAUUCUUCAGGAUUACAAGAAGGUAUUAACUUUUCCAAUAUGAACGCCUAUAUGUACAAGAGCCCUCCUCAGAGCAAAUUUGCAAAUCCAAACCGCUCUCAAACAACUAUCAUAGAUACAGAUCCAUCCUCUUCGUCUGAGGAAAAUGACCCAAAUGACCACACAUAUGAGGAUCACAAUAGUAUCUAUGAGGAAUACGAAUCUUCUCCUCUUAUCGACACUUCCCAUUCUUUUGGUCAGCUCCCAGCAACCAGUGCGUCAAUUGUGGACACUACUCAAGACUUGGACAAUAACACUCACACGCUAACCUACUUUGAUCCCACUCAAAGCUCUCAUUCGUCUCUUGAAAAAGUGAUUAACAAUCAUAGAUACCCUACCAAUGGAUCCGCAAAAAUUACUUCUCCCAAACCUUUUCCCCAAGUUCAGCAGCCAUACCAACAAAACAACAACCUCACAUCGACUCCCACAGCUCCCCCACCAUCUUCGAUUCAAUAUAUUACCUCUCCUGCCUCGGUCAGAACAACCGUACCCUCUCCAACUGCUCAAGACUUUCCGUUACCAAUUUCCAACGCAAUAGAGGAGCCAAUGACACCGUCAUUUCAUUAUCAUUCACAGACCCCUCAGCAGUUUGCUCACUAUUCUAACAAUUACCGCUUAUCGAAGGAUAAUCAGAACCCACGCUCUUCUCCUACAUACACAUCUUCUAAAACUUCCUCAUCUACUAGCUAUUCAGUCAGAGAAAAUUCUUUUGGUGAACAUUCCGCCAACUACCCUGCUUCCGAAACUUCUACUCCAUCAAUUCCAGUCAAAAGCACUGAUCCUAUCUCUCAUAUUUCGUCUCUUUCUAUUUCGUCAUUAAACUCGUCAGCAUCUUUUAGUUUUGACAAUGCACGUAAUAGUCAACACACUGGUUCUAGCAGGCAUCCUUCAACCCACUUAGCUCCAGCUUUUGCUGGUUCUGCGACUGAUGUAAUUCCGGCUACCCCGCAACUCCCACAAGACCAGGAUGUUUCACGUAGCAGCUUAAAUUUUCAAAGCACUACUCCCUCGGCCUCGGCCUCGGCCUCGGCCAUCGCAUCUGCAUCAUCCGCCUCUUCUUCCAAAUCAUCCUCAUCCUCUUCGCAUCAUUGGUCUAUGGGAAAGCAACAAUCAAAUAAGUCGACUGAUGAAAUAUCAACAAAGUUGCUUGAUGCAGCCCCAAUAUCUUCUUCAAGUGCUAUUGACCUGUCUACUUCCUCUUUCACUACAGCUCCAAGCACUCCCAUAGACCCCGUGCAAGCCCGCAAAUCAAAUCCCACGCAUCCCAUUAACAACAGCAAUCCCAUUCUUUCCCCUUCCGAUCGUUCGCUCACUUUUUCUUCUUCUAACGAAAAUAAUAAGCGCCGAAGUGGUGGUCGAGCAAGAUCAAAGACAAUGAAGGGCGUGUUUUCAAACAUGUUUAGCAGUAUGCGCAGCGGUAGCAGUUCUAGUGACCAAAGUAGUAGCUCGUCUCGCCGCAUCAGUGCUAGUUCUGAUAAAUCUGGUACCUUUAAAAUCUCGCAACCAUACGAUAUGAAGAUUGUGACACAUGUGGGAUAUGACAAGGAUAACUCUGAAUUUACAGGCAUCCCCCAAGAAUGGAUCAAAAUGCUUACCGAUAGUGGCAUUUCGAAAAAAGAAGCCGAGCAGCACCCUCAGGCAGUUCGAGAUGUCAUGGCUUUUCUUAACAACCAAUCGGAUGACCAGGAGCAAAACGUUUGGAAAAAGUUUGAUAAGGCAAAAGUUGCAAAUCCCACUCUCAAACUUGAGUCUGUCCAACCAACUCCAGGGACUACGACAGGCACGAGCACAGCUGCAUCUUCUGUUCUUUCGUCUCCAGUACAUACUUUAAAUGGCUCUUCAGAUUACUUUUCUGCACAAAGACAAGCUCCAUCAGUUCCUAAAACACCAAGUAGCGGAAGCCACAAUUCCCCGACUUUUGUUUCGAGUCCUUCGACAAAUAACAUCGCUACCCCUACAGUCCCCAUAGGUACAGCAACAACCACUAAUGGACAUGAGUCGCGAUCUCGUUCAAAUAGCAUCCUUGAUGGGCUCAAAAAGGGCUCUGGAAGUUUCAAGGAGCGUGCACAAUCACUCCGCAGAAAGCCAGAAAAUCUCAAGGAUGCUCUUAUUUCUUCUCCACAACCGAUACCCGAGCGAAAGUUUAUCCCGACCCGGCCUGCACCAAGGCCUCCAGGAAGUCCCCAGUCCCCUGGGCCACAAGCAAUUGGUUCAACCACGCCUUUUGCUGAAACCAUUGAUUCCAAGAUUGAGGCCCAGCCGCCCCAUUCGCCAAUAUCUGCGACAAACACGGCGGCUGCACUCGCUGCCAUCACUUCGGCACCAAGUACACCGUCUUUUGGGCCCUCAUCUGCAGCAAUUGGUACAGCCACCACUACUGCAGGUGUAGUGAUAUCCCCAAGAGAAGCUACUGCUACGUCAACUACAUUUUCCAACUCGUCUGCAUCCACCGUCAGCAUGCGCAUUGAUGUUGUCAAAGCGUCUGCUUUGACAUCAACGUCUUCUGUUUCUACGCCUUCUAGCGUUAUAUCUCAAAAGAAGUCUUCAACAAUCCAGACACCUUUAGCAUCCACUACUGCUCCAGCAUCACAUCAGCCUCCUACGACAAACCAUCAAACGCAUCCCAUAUCGCCACCACCACGUCCACCACCUGCGCCUCCAUUAGGUGUUCCAUCUGUUCGUUCCAAUUUUGAUAAAAACAGAGAUAUAACAGCAGCUCAACGGCAGCAACAGCCAGGCGGUGGAUUGGACCCUGCAUUUUUCAGCCCUCUGCAACAACAGCAUCUUAAACAUGUGCCUUCUAAUAACCAGAUAAAUGCUGGUGGUGCACGGAUCCUACAACAACCACAGGUUGCACAGCAGUACCCUCAAGUGCAACCUGGAUCUAGUCUACAAGGACCUCAGACGCAGCAACAGUUGCAAAUGCGGCUUCAACAGCAGCACCAAUGGCACAUGCAGCAACAACAAGAGCUCAUUCAACAACAAAAUCGUCGUCUUGAGCUACAACAGCAACAGCAGCAGCAACAGGCUCAAGCACAGGCACAACAGGCUCAAGCACAAGCACCUCCUGUUGAGCUAUCUAAAUCUGAGCAGAUGGCACAGCUUGCUGCAAACCAGAGUGCGGCAGCAAGUGCAAAAGAAGCAGCUAUUACGCGACGCCGAGAUGCACGGAGACGUAAGGAUGCCGAAGUUAUUGCUAAGCUUGCGCGUCUAUGCAACCCCGACGAUCCAACAGCUCUGUACAAGGAUCUGCAUAAGAUUGGACAAGGUGGUACAGGUGGUGUUUACACAGCACACCAUGUUAAGACAAACGAAUGUGUUGCUAUCAAACAGAUGAAUUUGGAAGAACAACCUAAGAAAGAACUUAUUAUUAAUGAAAUCAUCGUCAUGAAGGAAAGUUCUCACCGCAACAUUGUCAACUUCAUUGACUCUUAUCUGCUUCAUGGUGAUCUGUGGGUUGUUAUGGAGUACAUGGAGGGUGGAAAUCUUACCGAUGUGGUUACAUACAAUGUCAUGACAGAGGGACAGAUUGGUGCGGUGUGUCGCGAGGUGUUGCAGGGACUUGUACAUUUACAUUCCAAGGGUGUAAUUCACCGUGAUAUCAAGUCUGACAACAUUCUCCUUUCUAUGAGAGGUGACAUUAAACUUACUGAUUUUGGCUUUUGUGCACAACUUAAUGAGUACAAUGCGAAACGUACAACAAUUGUGGGGACGCCUUAUUGGAUGGCUCCAGAAAUGGUUCGCCGCACUGCAUACGGUCCUAAGAUUGAUAUUUGGAGUUUGGGUAUCAUGGCGAUUGAGAUGAUUGAAGGUGAACCACCAUACCUGAACGAAACACAGCAUCGUGCACUUUAUCUUAUUGUGACCAAUGGCACGCCUAAGCUCAAGGAGCCCGAAGCAUUAACGGAGAUUUUUACUGAGUUUUUGAACUGGGCCUUGCAAGUGGAUGUUGAUGAGCGUGCGACAGCUUCGCAAUUAUUGAAGCACGAAUUCUUAAAGACUGCAGAGAGUGUGCGCAGUCUUGCGCCGCUGGUUCUCAACGCCCGGCAUCAAAAGGAAUUAGAUAAGAGGAGCAACUAUGCACCUGCACCUCAAUCCAAAGAUUAA